GAGAGGUACUGGGAGCACUGGGAGCAACUGGGAGCACUGGGGGGGACUGGGAAGGGACUGGGAGGCACUGGGAGGUGACACUGGGGGAUACUGGGAGGCACUGGGGGAUACUGGGAGGCACUGGGGGAUACUGGGAGGGACUGGAGUGACCCCCGUGUCCCCCCCCAGUGCCACCAUGAGCCCCCGGCCGCUGCUGCUGCUGCUGCUGCUGCCGCCAGGACUCCUGGCCGCCUCCUGGGCCGCCUGGAUGCCCCCGGCGGUGUCGGGAUUAUCGGGAUCCUGCGUUUCCAUCCCGUGCCGUUUCUCCUUCCCCGAGGAGCUGCGCCCGGGCUCGGUCCAGGGGCUCUGGUUCUUUGGGAGCCCCUACCCCCGCAGUUACCCCCCGGUGGUGGCUCGGUCCCGCCCCGGGGGCGUCCACGAGAGCUUCUCCGGCCGCGCUCGGCUCCUGGGGGAUCCGGGAAUUCGGGAUUGUUCCCUGGAAUUGGGACCCCCCCUGAGCCCGGAGCUGGCCGGGCGUUAUUACUUCAGGGGGGACCUGGGGGGGUACAACCAGUACAGCUUCAGCGAGCACACCACGCUCCAGGUGCUGGAGGAGCCGCUGCUGGAGCUGCCGGGGGAGCUGGUGGCCGGCGCCGUGGCCGAGCUGCGCUGCCGCGUUCCGGACUCGUGUCCCCGCCAGCGGCCGCGGCUGCGCUGGGAGGGGGCCCAGGAGCUUCCGGAAGCUUCCGAGCGCGAGUGGCGCGAGGACGCGGCCGGGGCCGCCUCGGUGGUGGCGCGGCUGCGGUUCCGACCCCGGAGAGAGGACGGGGGGCGCAGGGUGGGCUGCCAGGUGACCCUGCCCAACUCCAGCCUGGCCUUCAACGCCGGAAUGGCCCUGGAUGUGCAGUACGAGCCGCAGGUGCUGGAGGUGUCGGGCCCCACGGAGGUUCUGGAAGGUUCCGCGGUGGAUUUGGGCUGCUCGGCCGAGGGUCGCCCCCCCCCGCUGCUCACCUGGUUCCGGGGGGCUCAGGUGCUGCGGGAGGAGCCGGGGGUGCCCUCGCUGGGGCUGCACCUGGCCCAGGUGAGCCCCCAGGACAGCGGCACCUACACCUGCGUGGCCGAGAACCGGCACGGCCGCAACAACCGGAGCCUGGAGCUGCACGUGGCCUACUCCCCGCGCCCCCCGGUGCUGAACGGCACCCUGUGGGUGCUGGCAGGUGAGCAGGUGUCCCUCACCUGCGGCGCCCGCAGCCACCCCGCCCCCAUCGUCACCCUGAGCCGCGGGCGCCGCGUUUUGGCCGCCGCCGUCUACGAGGCGCAGGUGACGCUGCAGGUGCCGCAGGCCUCACCUGGCGACGCCGGGGAGUACCUGUGCAGGGCAGAGAACCAGCACGGGGAGAGCAGCCUGGCCUUCAACCUCACCGUGGAGUACCCCCCGGUGGUGCUCCCCGAGUCCCGCUGCUCCCCGCUGCCCCAGGGCUCCGCUCGCUGCGUCUGCGCCGCCGCCGCCGUCCCCGCGCCCUCGGUGACCUUCGAGCUGCCCUCGCUCAACGCCACCGUGGCCGAGGGACACCGGGACUUCGCCCUGACCGGGGGAGGGGCCGGGGUGACCCCCGGGGUGACCCCCGGCGCCGUGCUGACCCUGCGAGGGGACCUGGAGCCGCGCCUGGCCGUGCUCUGCGCCGCCACAAACCGGCACGGGCAGGCCCGGGAGCAGCUGAGGUUCCAACAUCCAGCCGGGCUGGUGUGGGCCAAGGUGGGUCCCGUGGGCGCCGUCGUCGCCUUCGCCGUCGUCAUCGCCCUCGUCUGUUACCUGAGCCAGAGCCGCCGCAAGCGUCGGGGAAGCCCCGCGGUGACCCCGGUGACCCCCCCGGGGGGGCGGGACCCGGAGCCACGCCCCCUGCAGGCGCGGUGGCUGCGCGGCGCCGUGGGGCGCUGGGCGCUGGGGGUGGGGGAGGGGCCGGCGGCGCCCCCCGAACCCGCCCCUCCCCCCAAACCCGCCCGGGGACCCCCCGAGGAGCCCCAAUACGCCGAGAUCCGCGUCAAGUGA